CUGCUCCUCCUCCACCGACAGCGCAGCGCCGCCGCCAUAUUCUGCAGACAGAAGGGCAAUGGCGGCUCGCUUGCGACGCUGAAACUCAUCCGGUUACUUUCCUUCGCGGACCCUUCCCACUAAUAUAACAAUACCACCGUAGUAAUAACAAUAAUAAACAUGGACGAACAUCCGAUAGGAAUGUCCUCACAAAACAAUUCCGGAGGUCCUUUGCUGGGCCCGGGAAGCAACGGCAGCAACAACAACGGUGUCCGGCAGCAGCAGCAGCAGGGUCAGCUAGAGGAACUGCAGCAGCGGCCCCAGUACACUAUCCCCGGCAUCUUACACUAUAUCCAGCAUGAGUGGGCCCGCUUCGAGAUGGAGCGAGCGCACUGGGAGGUGGAGAGGGCCGAGCUUCAGGCUCGGAUAGCAUUUUUACAAGGAGAAAGGAAAGGUCAGGAAAACUUAAAGAAGGACCUAGUGAGAAGAAUAAAAAUGUUAGAAUAUGCUUUAAAACAAGAACGGGCAAAAUAUCACAAAUUAAAAUAUGGCACAGAGUUGAAUCAAGGUGACUUAAAGAUGCCAACAUUUGAAACAGAAGAAACCAAAGACACAGAGGUGCCACCUGCACCUCAGAACAGUCAGUUGACUUGGAAGCAAGGCAGGCAGUUGCUCAGGCAGUAUUUACAAGAAGUUGGUUACACAGACACAAUUUUAGAUGUACGAUCACAGAGAGUACGAUCAUUACUCGGCCUUUCAGGUCCCGAGCAGAAUGGGUCAGUGGAGACAAAAAAUUUGGAACAGAUUCUUAAUGGGGGAGACUCACCAACUAAACAAAAAGGACAAGAAAUUAAAAGGAACUUGGGAGAUAAGCCAAGGGGAGGCCUGGCUGAGGCUGUUCUUGAAACAUUUAAUUUCCUAGAAAAUACAGAUGAUGAUAGUGAUGAUGAUGAAGAGGAAGGUGAAAUGGUGGAGGACAUCACGGACAGCAAAGAAAAGCAUAGAAUAAACAAGAAACAUAAAGUCGGUAAUGAGGGAUUAGCUACUGACUUGCCUGAUGAUACUGAAGAAGCUUUGAAAGAGUUUGAUUUUUUAGUGACCGCUGAAGAUGGAGAAGGAGCUGGGGAAGCUAGGAGCUCUGGGGAUGGAACAGAAUGGGACAAAGAUGACUUCUCCCCAUCUUCGGAGGUUUGGGCUGUAGACAAGGGACUAAUAAGUAAACUGAAGGAACAAUACAAGAAGGAGCGGAAGGGCAAGAAAGGGGUCAAGAGUGGUGUGAUACAUACCAGACAACAUGGAAGAGCCUCCAUAGAGGAUUGUAAUUACUGUGGGGUAAACAGGUCAAAGCUUCAGGAUAUGAUUGCAGAUCUCAGAGACGAUGAGCUGCCCCACAUACCAUCUGGAACCAUGAUUCAGUCCAGGCCAACUUCUUCCAGACUGGCUGAUCAUGACGGUUCAAGAACAGAAGAAGCUGAGCCCCUGGCUUUUCCCGCUGGAACUGGCAAAUCAUUUAUUAUGGGUCCUGAUGAUGUGCUGGAAAGUGUCUUGGGCCUUGGUGACCUUGCAGACUUGACAGUAGCAAAUGAUGCAGACUUCAGUUAUGAUUUACCUGCUAAUAAGGAUGCAUAUAGGAAGACAUGGAACCCCAAGUACACACUACGGAGUCACUUUGAUGGAGUCCGUGCAUUAGUUUUUCAUCCUGUAGAGCCUGUGCUGGUUACAGCCUCUGAAGACCACACCCUUAAGCUUUGGAAUCUCCAGAAAACUGUCCCUGCCAAAAAGAGUACCUCAUUAGAUGUGGAACCAAUUUAUACAUUCAGAGCCCAUAUUGGACCUGUACUGUCUUUGACUACUAGUUCUAAUGGUGAGCAGUGUUUCAGUGGUGGAAUUGACGCUACAAUACGAUGCUGGAAUAUGCCAAGUCCCAGUGUUGAUCCAUAUGAUACAUAUGAUCCCAGUGUCAUAUUGAAUACCUUGGUGGCACACAAAGAUGCAGUAUGGGGCCUUUCAUUUAGUGGUAUAAAGAACCGUUUGCUGUCUUGUUCAGCAGAUGGCACUAUUCGGUUAUGGAACCCAACUGAGAAGUCACCUUGCCUUAGUACAUACAAUGUAGAAGGGGAAAAUGGAAUCCCUACAUCAGUUGACUUUGUAGGUGCUGAUCCUGCACACAUUUUGGGUUCCUUUAAUAGUGGCAACACUGUCAUUUAUGAUAUUGAAACUUCUCAGCCUUUAGUGAUGUUGGCAUCGCAGGUAGACGCCGCUUCUCCUUUAGCCAAUCAGAUUAAUAGAGUUGUCAGUCAUCCCACAUUGCCUGUCACCAUCACGGCUCAUGAAGAUAGGCAUAUUAAGUUUUUUGAUAAUAAAACGGGUAAAUUGAUCCAUGCUAUGGUCGCUCACCUGGAUGCAGUUACUAGUCUGGCAGUAGAUCCUAAUGGAAUCUACUUGAUGUCUGGAAGUCAUGAUUGUUCUAUACGUCUGUGGAACCUGGAUAGCAAGACAUGCGUGCAAGAAAUUACUGCUCAUCGGAAAAAAUGUGAUGAAUCUAUUUAUGAUGUAGCUUUCCAUCCAUCAAAAGCAUAUAUUGCUAGUGCAGGAGCCGAUGCCCUUGCCAAAGUAUUUGUGUAACAACUGCUAAAAUAUUUUUGCCCCAUCAUAGCAGGUGACCUGGAAAUGAACAGGAAUUGCUUCACUGCCAUUAGUUACUCGGUUAUUAUGUAACACUAAGUACUACUCUGUUCUGCCUGGGCAAUGCUCUUCCUGAUAGACUAUCAUAGGCAGGUGUCUAGUGGCGAAGUAUCACCAAAUCCUUGAAUAAUGUCAGGCAAAAUCAUUAACUGUAAUUACUGUACCUAAAAAAAAACCCAGUAUUUGUAGCCUUGACUGGAUUUGAACUGAGCUACUUUACUGUAAUGUAGAUGUUUUCAAAGUCAUGUGGAAGUUACUCUUACAACAGUAAAUACUUUGGACUCUUGUGUCCUGCCUUAUGGUUGAGAUUGUGGUGCAAUGGUGGGCAGUGGAUUUACAACUAAACCGUAGAAUGUCAUCCUUCAAUUCCUUUUAUUAAUUUUCCAACAUCAACAUACUUUUAGUCAACAUUAAGCAUUAAAAAAUAAAUUAAACAUAUUUUAAUCUUUGUUUUGCAGAAUUUUUGACAGGAUGUCUAGUUUUUAUAAGUCUUUUGUAUAAUUUUCCUGUCAGAAUAAUGCUCCAAAUAGGGUUAAUACUGAAAUGUUUCAUUUGGUUAAAACCCAAACCAUCCUCACUGACCCACUAUUAUGUAACUACAUUCUUCCCUUGCCCAGCUUAAAAUCCUCAGUGAAUCCUUCCAUAUGGAUGCUAUUUUAACAUCACUAUAAAAGCUAUUAAGUGUAAUCAUGUGUUGCGAUGAAACACAGGGGGUUUAAUACCCACAAUUAACUCUUUUAAAAAAAAUUGCAGCAUCCUAUCACUAUGUGAUAUUUUGUACAUCUUACUGUAUUUACAAGUUUAUUUAUCAAGGGUUAACCAUCUUAAUGCUAUUGGCCUACUGUUAUUUAUUUCAUUUUUCUGUUGGUCUUUAUAUCCCUCAUGUUUUGUGUGUGUUAAUGAGUCCUGUAUAUCUUUGUCUAGCAUGGGACUUUUACAAAAGACUAGAGAGCUCUAAAUAUAGGUUUAAAAUGGAACACUGUUUAUAUUACACCCCUGGAUUUCCUGUCAGAUUACUUGCUUUAGGGGCUUCACCCUAAUCCUGUGUAACUGAAAAAAAAUGUGUGAAAUCUGGAGUGAAAAGGUUUUAUUUUGGAUUAAAUAUAGAAUAUUGAAAUAGCCAAAUCAAGAUUCAGAAAUCUGCUGUGUUUGGUCUAGCUAUCCCAGCUUUACAAAGUGCUUCAGUUAAUGGUGUAACUAAACAAUUUGUUUGUGUAAUGCAUGAUUAAUACAAUAAAGUAUUUUUUCUAGUCUUCCACAGAUUUCUGAUGAGUUUGCAAGUUCUGAUGAGUUUUGUAAGGUUUUGUUUUACAAUACAUGAUUAAGUAAAUUUUUAAUAUUGUACCACAUAGCUAAUUACAGCUGUUUAAAAGUAAUGUAUAUAAAA